CUAGCCGAGCUGUGUCUUUGAAUUCAGCGCAAUCAUCCUUAUUCCUUAGAAUAGCGCAGUGGCAUUCGCACUCUUCUCGCCGCAACAAAUAGGUUCUGUUUGACGUAGCGAUCAAGUUUUUGUUUGUUUUUUUGGCGUUUAAUUGAUUUUGCUGACGCUAUUCGCUAAGGUGUCCAUGGCUGCAGAUUCAAGGAAACGCACACUGGAGGCUUUGGAGAGAAGAAUAGCUGUUGCUAAAAUUGAAGUUCUCCAAAAUGAAAAGAAAAACAAAAGGACUAUAAAUGAAGAUGGGAAACCACCUAUUCCUGCAUCUUCUACUUCUAAUGACCCUUCUCCACAUAUGUUGCAUUCAUCAUCAGUCACACCCAAGAAAGGGAAUUUCAGUUUUUCUGGUCAUACCACUUCACAAGACAUUGAAGAUGGUCCAGCAUAUGCCCAACUUUCUGUGCUUGUAAAUGAAAAUCUGCUCACAACUAAUGAAGAGUUUUCAGCUGAAAGAGGAGGUUCAAUUGGUGGCAUAUUGCACGAGCUUUUCCAGAAGGGAGAUGCAGCACAAAAGUACAUGCAGGGAUCUAGAAACAUGAAAAUCGACAGCUGGAUCCUUCUUGAUAAUUAUGUACAAGGACGGGUGGUUUCUUCUGGUUCUCAAACUAGGGCUUUGCGAAUUCAUUCAAAACGCUCUAAGAAACACAUGUCUAUGAAAAAACAUAAGAAGUGUGGAUCAUUAGAUCUUCCUCAAGAGUUCAGGAAAUUUGACAUUUUCAAGCCAAUGCAUGAAAUGUGGAAAGAUUACAUAAUGCUAAUUCUUAAAUCCACUGGGAAAAAUCAAUUGGCUCAAUGUCUCCUUGGUGCAGAUCUACAUGGUGCUAUUAUUUUAGUUGUGGAGUGUAAAAUAAUCCAUUUUACAGGAAUUAGUGGCAUAAUGAUUCGUGAAACUGCAGAAGCAUUUGGGAUAAUUACUGAAGAUAAUAAAUUCCGCGUUGUUCCCAAAAAGGUUUCUGUGUUUGUAUUCCAAGUUGAUUGCUGGAAAGUCACUCUGCAUGGAGAUAAACUUGGUUCAAGAAAGGUUGGAUUAUGAUAUUGGCGAUGAUCCUUCAGCUGUAGAAUAUCCGUGCAUCACUUCUGCAUUUUUAAAGUCUUGAGCAGUUUUAUGGGAGAAAGGGAAGGGAAGUGUUCGAAUGCUUAAUUGUAUCAGUAGUGAAGUUGGAGAUUGCAUGACAAGAAGUUGAAUGACAGUCACCUUGGCUUAUAGGGGACCAUACCGUGACACCCAUGCUAGGCUUUUUAUUAUCUUUUUUUUUUUUCGGGCCCUUGAAGUUAAACUUGCACCAAAUAGAACUAUUGAUUUUUAUGCUGGUUCUAUAACUUAUCCCGUCUCGGUACUGCAUGUGUUAUACUGGAAUGAUACCAUAGAUAAUUCAUUGUAGAUAAUUAGUUCCCGCUAGCUACAGGAGUGCUAUUUUUUGUCUUGGGAAUCAGACAUUUCAUUCCUUUCUGUGAUUCUUUCUUACAUACAAAUAAUGGAAAUUGAUUAUGAG